UGUUCAAGCAGGCAGACCUUUUGUUUGUGGGUUAAAAGGUCAUUUGGCCUACAGUCAGGAUUGGAUCAGCGCUGUUUUGCGUUGGAAGAAUUGAUGAGGUUCCCUUUAAAGUGACACCCAGCAGCACUGAGAUGGACUUUGGUUUUAUGAGCCACUGAUAUGUUGCCGCCCAGUGCGUCUCUGUUUUCUCAACUGUGCAUCCAACAGGAAGAGAAAUAAAAGUCUCAAAUUUCUUUAAGCCCCUUUUCAGGUUUGUUUAUGCUUCGUUGCAGGUUUGCUUUGAAAGGAGGUAAGAGAUGUCUCGGUACCACAAAGCGGCGAUCGAUGGCUACUUGGACCUGUUGAAGGAGGCCACAAAGAAGGACCUGAACACCCCCGACGAGGACGGCAUGACUCCCACCAUACUGGCUGCUUUUCAUGGACACGUAGAUGCUCUUCAGCUGAUCUGCAGCAGACAAGGUGACCCCAACAGGAGUGACAUUUGGGGAAACACGCCGCUGCAUCAUGCAGCCGCUAACGGCCACAUGCACAUCCUCAGCUUCCUGAUCAACUUUGGCGCCAACCUUUUUACCUUGGACAAUGAGUUCCACACUGCUAUGGAUGUCGCUGCGUCACGCGAUCGCAUGGACUGUGUGCGCUUUCUCGAUGCGGCCGCCUCUAAGCAGACCAAUCAAAAUCCCAAAAAAGUCGCCCAUUUAAAGAAAGAAGCCCAAAAGGAAGCAGAGAAACGCGUAAAACGCUGUGAGGUGGUCAAGAAGAGGCACCAGAACAAGAUGGAUAAAAUGUACGGCGGACCAGGUAGUGGGUCUGUUUCAGAGACCAGCACGUCAACCAACGACAACCUGAGCGGUGUCAGUGAGCAGUUCUCCAAGCUUACUGCUGCCGAUGCCACUGGCUCACUUAGAGCUACACUGCAGAAGAGAUUUGGCAAGAAAGAUAAAGGGACCCUCCAGAGACCAGGAGGUGAAGGUAAUGUGAUCUUCCUCAAACAGGACAAUAAAACACCUGAAAAUCCAGACUUUCUGGGUGUAUUCAAUGAGCAGGAUGAGAAUAUGUUUGAGGGGGAUAGAAUGGCAGGAUAUGACGAUGAUGAAGAACCAGGUCAGGUCCAACAGUCCAUCUUCAACCGGCCUGGUCUGGGAGGCCUGAUUUUUAUGAAGAAGAUGGGGGUGGAGACAGACGACAUUCCCAGUGCGAGCAAUGAAUCUCUUGGCUACCUUUUUCAGACAAAGAUGUUUGAAGCAGAGGGAGAUGAUGCUGAUUUUGAGGGUAAUGAUGCCUCUGACUUGACUUGGGAUCAGGAAGAACUGGGACUGGAUGAUGAAGACGAUGAGGAAACGUCUUCUUUGGAGGUCUUCUUGGCUGCCAUUUAUUUGCCAGAAUUUUCACUUGCGUUCAGCAGGGAGCACCUGGACCUGGAAGCCCUCAUGCUUUGCUCCGAUGAAGACCUCAAAGGCAUUCGCAUCCAGCUUGGACCCAGGAAGAAGAUCUUGGAAGCUGUUGCCCGCAGAAAGAAUGCACUAGAUUCUCCUGGUAUCAUGAAGGACAGCUUCCUGUGA